AUGGCCCCAAAGAACCCCCCCAGUAGAGAGAACAUAUUCCUCUUCAUCCCAAACUUGAUUGGCUACUCCCGCAUCAUCCUCGCCGGCGCAUCCCUCUACUUCAUGCCAUACCACCCCCACUACUGCACCCUCCUCUACACCGUCUCCUGCCUGCUCGACGCCCUCGACGGCUAUGCCGCCCGCACAUUCAACCAGUCGACAAAGUUCGGCGCGGUCCUCGACAUGGUGACGGACCGCUGCACGACCGCGUGUCUGCUCUGCUUCCUCUCCGCGGCAUACACAAAGUGGGCCAUCCUCUUCCAGGGCCUCAUCAGUCUCGAUCUCGCGAGCCACUACAUGCACAUGUAUGCGACGCUCGACCGCGGUGUGAGCAGCCACAAGACGGUCGAGAAGAAGAGGAGCCGCAUCCUCAAUCUCUACUACUCGAAUAAUAAGGUACUGUUCACGUUCUGUGCGGCCAACGAGGGCUUCUUCCUGGCCAUGUAUCUGCUGUCGUUCCCGCAGUUCCAGGGAGAGGUUAGCUGGCCGUGGGUUGUGGCGGCGAUCACGUUCCCGGUCUGCGCCGCGAAGCAGUGGAUCAACGUCGUGCAGAUGGUCAAGGCCGCGGUCUCCCUGUCGGAGGGCGAUCUGGAAAUGAGGGCGAAGGCUUCUGCUGCUGCUGCUGCUACGGCGCCACCGAAGAAGUUGUAG